AUGCAGAAGACUCCUCGCCGACAGGGCCGGCCGCGCGCGGCACGGCCGCCACCCCGCACGCCUUCCCCUUCGGCAGUUGCAGGACCAACCACGCCCACAUCCACAUCGACCUACAUGCCGGCGACGCCAUCAACAGCCUCGGGUCGUCACACGGCCAGCGCAGUGGUGCCGUCGCCGGGUCGCGGCACGCAUGGCCACCGCCUAGACGACGGCCGCUGGCUCUGCGACUGCACCCCGCCGCGGGACGCGGUGUUGCGCGAGACCCGCAAGCCCGGACUCAAUAAAGGCCGCUGGUUCUACACGUGUGCGCAGACAGAUCGCCGUCGCCAGUGCAAAUUCUUUCUCUGGGAGGACUCUGCCAGAAGCAGCGGCAGCAGCAACAACAGCAGCGGUACAGCUGCUCCGGCCAGCUCGUUCCGCACGUCUGUCGGACGUCGCACAACACCCGACGCCGAGCGCAGAUGGCCGCUGCCACCAACCCCAGCAACGACACCACUUGUCCGACAGCGGCGACAGCCACAGCCGCAGCGGCCGCAGCUGCUGCAAAAGCCCUCGCCCCGGACCACGUCGCGACAGCGUAUCUUCGCGACGCCCACAAGCGGCAGACCGACUGCAGCUGCAACCGCACCCAUUGCCGACGACGACUCCUCUGACCAGGAAUCUCCGCCAACGCCAACGCCUCGGCCUCGUCGUCGCGAUACGCCGCCCCGGCCAGCCAGCCGCCCUAUCACACACUACUUUGGCUCUGCAUCUACGGCUACGGUCUCGGGCUCAGCAACAGCUACAGACACACCACCACCACCACCACCAGCCCGCGCCCCAUCCCCGCUGCAGUCGCCGUCCUACAGCGACGCCGGCUUCGACAGCGACAUGGAGCGCGGCUGUGCGGCGCUGGUUGAUCACAUUGAACGCGAAAACUGGCGGAUCGAAGAAGAAGAGGGCGACGGCGGCGUGGUAAAGCAGGAGGCGACGGAACCGAACAAGGCGAACGCUCACACGAAAAAACACCUGACGGCGGAGGCUGCCAAGAUGGACGUCGACUCGGCCGCCGGCAGCAUCAGCAGUAGCCGUCCCAACAGCAUCGUGGUGCCCACGCCAGCUUCGCCGCUGCCGUUGACACCGGGCCGUCGCCGACGUGGUCCUGGACUGUUGGUGACACGUGACCAACGGCCGGCUUCUGCCGACACCUCCUUUGCAACGUCCUUUCCCACAUCUGUCGCCACAUCCUUUGCUUCGUCAGCAGCCCCAGACGCCACAGCCGCCACAGCAACCCCAGCCACCACAGCCACCACAGCCACCGUCGGCAUCAAGCGCGCAGCUGCCGAUGAUGGUGACCAGGACGAAAAAGACUACCGCGACGACCCCUUCGUCUCGUCCAGCAAGAAGAGACGAGCCACCACCGACACCAGCCCGCGAGACUGUCCCGCCGCUGUCGCCGUCCUCAGCCUGCUGGCCGAUCAACCGGUCGAUGAUCACGUGCGCCGCCGCCUGCGUUACAUGCUCAACGGCUUCUUUGCUGCGGACAACGAGCCUCUGGACUCGGCUCAGUGA